UAAAUCGAAUAUAAAUAUUCAUAACGAUAAGAGUUUAAAACUUAAACAUUAAGACACAAACAAAACCAAAACCAAAACGAAAACCAAAUAGUUUAACACUAGCAUAAUACUAGACAGACAGACACCCUCCUUAGACCUGGUGUUAUCGCAUUGAGCCGUACUUAAAGCCAAGAACAAGCUAAAAUGGCCGACAAGAAGAUUGGUGAAUACUAUUCGCCGCCGCCAAAGAUGGGCAAAUGGGAGGGUUUCAGAAAAUUCCUAUGGAACAGUGAAACUAGCCAAUGCCUUGGACGUACCGGUUCCAGUUGGGCAAAAAUUUUACUUUUCUAUAUUAUUUUCUAUGCGGCGUUAACCGGAUUCUUUGCUGCCAUAUUUGCGGUGUUCUAUCAAACAUUGGAAGUUGAUAAACCCAAAUGGAUGCUUGACAAUGGAUUGAUUGGAUCGAAUCCAGGUCUUGGUUUUCGCCCAAUGCCACCAGAGGCGAAUGUUGAGAGCACUUUAGUUUGGUACGAAUCAUCGAAGGAAGAUAAUUAUAAGUAUUGGGUUGAUGAAACUGCACGAUUUCUGAAAUAUCACACUUACGACGAUCUACCCAAGCAUAAUCAAGUCAACUGCUCAUUUGAGCAUAUGCCACCAGAGGGAAAAGUCUGCGGCGUUGAAGUUAGUAGCUUUGAUCCCUGCACUCUUGAGAAAAACUUUGGUUAUCACCAGGCAAGGCCCUGCAUAUUCCUCAAGUUGAAUAAGAUUUACAACUGGGAACCAAAAAUUUACAACGAUUCAAAAACUUUGCCCGUUGAUAUGCCUGAAGAGUUGAAACAGCACAUCAAGGAGAAGCAGAGCCUGCGACCAAAUGAGACUGGCGUAGUUUGGGUGUCGUGCGAGGGUGAAAAUCCCGCCGAUGUUGAGAACAUUAAGGCACGUGAUUAUUAUCCACGCAUGGGUUUCCCCCAUUUCUAUUUCCCGUUCAAAAACAUUGAAGGCUAUAUACCGCCAAUCGUUGCUGUUCAGUUCACCGUCGAAACCGGCGUCUUGAUCAACAUUGAGUGCAAAGCCUGGGCUUACAACAUCCAUCAUGAUCGCUCGGAUAGGAGAGGAUCCGUCCACUUUGAGUUAAUGGUCGACUAAGAGAAACGCUAUGGAAUCGCAUCAGUAAAAUUCUAAAAGCUACAAGAACAGCAAACAGGAUGUGCGGAGAGAAGCAGUAGAAAGCCAGGAUCCGUUUGGAGAUGAAAGGGAAACAGCUCGAAAUAGGCAUACAGAAGUAAAGUUGAAGAUUAAGAUGAAAGUUAAGCAAAAGUCACGCUAAAUAAAAAACAGUGACAAAACACACACAAAAAUGUAGCAGCAAGC